UUUCCAAAAGCUUCUCAUCAGUUCAAUUCUCACUGUUCUUAUACACUCUGUUUUCUGGCUUGAUAAGAGUUCUGAGCUUUGGAAGCAACUAUGUACAGCCGGAGAGAUAGUUUGCUUUGGAAGGAUUGAGAGUGAUUUUGGGGCAGAGAAUGAACGUUGUCGGAAGACAGAUGGCGAGAUCUAGUGCCACGGCGCACCACCAUUGGCAAUACUCCGAUGACUUCCUGGACGCCACGUUCAACGCGAAAUGGCUUCAGUUCAUGAAUUUUCCCUCUUCACAGGAUUUUGGAUACUAUGGAGGAGUUCAGGGGUCUAGAGUGAGAAGGAAGUCACCGGACUCGGAAUUGCCUCCGGUGAGUUCGAGGUCGUGUAGUUUGAGAAAGAAUGGCGACGAGCACAUUUGAGUUUAGGAAUGAGGGCUUUUUUCAGAUUAAUAAAAAGACCGACUUCGU